AUGGAAUUCAUUAAGAUGGAAGUGCGGGAGGCGGGAGAUGGGGCUGCUGCAGGCGAGUGUGACCGUGAACCGCCCAAAAAGUAUAGCUGGGCGGAAGUUAGACAAGCUGUUCACGAUUUAAGAAAGGAUCUCUCAUCUUUAUCCACAAUGGUGCCAAUGGCUAUUUGUUUUCGAAAACUCGGCUGUGGUAAAACCAGGGUGUACUUUUUGAGGACUCCACAAAACGGAUGGGAGACACUUCUGUACACUGAUGUUUUACCAACUUUGCAGCCAAGCAAUGCCAGAUUAGAUUGGAAACCUUUAAUCAAAUCCAAUGUGGCAUUAGGUGCUUCCUCUGGCAAAUGUUCCAAAGAAGAACAAUUGUUAUGGGAACGGCAGAGAGUAGCAGCAUGGGGCAUUGCAUCAUAUGAGCUCCAUCAAGAGACGGGAAGGGUGUUGUUUCCUUGUGCAUCGUCUCUGUUUGUCGCUGAGGAGGGAAGAGGGCAGUCACCGCCCAUACUUCCCCGUUCCCUAUCAACGGGGGGCGGAGCACCUUUAACACCAGCGAUUUGCCCCAGUACAGCCCGUUUGGUGGCUCACGCAGCCCGAGGUGACAUCUGGCUUGCUGGAGACUGUCUCGGGAGCCCUACGAGACUCACGUACGCCUGCAAGGGCAAGGAUGAUCGCUUAUUAGAUGACCCAUUACAAGCUGGUGUUCCAUGUUAUGUAACGCAGGAGGAAUUCUCAAGGUAUACAGGCUUCUGGUGGCAGCCGAAAUGCGAUGAUGACAUAUACAGGAUAGUGUACGAAGAAGUAGACGAAAGUGAUGUCAAAAUUUUCAGUUUUCCAUCUUCUAACACAGCGAGUGGAGACGUUGAUGAAUUUAGGUUCCCAAGAGCAGGCACACCCAAUGCAAAGUCAGUUUUGAAGCUGGUGACAUUUAGAUUAACAAAAUCUUCGCCUACCAACAUGGCCGUCCGUAGAGUUUUAGGAGAGGCAUCAUCACCAACAGAAGGAAUGGAUGUAACGGAUAUAAGAUGGUUUGAAAUGAGGAGUCCGUUGAAGGAAGUAUUCCCAUGGUUCGAGUAUCUCGCUCGCGUUGGAUGGACUUCGUGUGGCCAAUAUGUUUGGGCGCAAAUUCUAGAUCGUAAGCAACAGAGAUUGGAAUUGGUGCUCAUACCUUUGGUGGAGUUUAAUGUUUCAUCACAUUAUUCGCAUGGAGAAACGCAAAGUGAUGAUCUAACACAAAUGAGCGAACAGAACAAAAUUGAACCUUCUAAAAUCCAAGUGCUAGUAAGAGAGACAGCCCCCGAUGCAUGGAUCAAUGUUCACGACAUAUUCUAUCCUCUAACUAAUUGUACGAGUUGUACGGGUACCAAUUGUACGUGUGGCACUUUUAAGUUCAUUUGGGCUUCAGAGGAGACCGGUUUUUUACAUUUAUAUCUGAUCACAUCUAACAUACAACCGGAUAAAGCAAAUGUUUUGAAUACAGGUAUUGAAGAAAUGCUGUCAGAAGACGAAAACAACGCGAGUGGACCAAACAUCAUCAGUAAAGAGGCGAUCACGUCUGGUGAUUGGGAGGUUAUGGGGAGGAAGAUAUGGGUGGACGAAACCCGUGACCUGGUGUACUUCGUUGGUCUUCGGGAGACACCACUGGAGCGGCAUUUGUAUGUGGCUUCUUUAUCACCAUCAGAGUCUGGGAUUACUUUGCUUACAACAGUUGGUCACUCGCAUACUGUUGAUAUGGAUGAUGAUUGCACAGUGGCAGUAAUAACAUCGUCCAAUAUAAGCAGUGUGCCUGUAACGAGGGUGUACAGCGUGUGUCAUACAGGCGGACGUGUCACAUUGACACAGUAUGGUUCACUCUUAGAAAGGCCUAUGUUAGAUUGCCUAGACCCCCCAUUUAAUGGUACAUGGGACAGAACGGGCGAUGGGGACGAGAAUAAUGAUGUCUCAUUACUUAUCAAAGAACGAUCUCUCAGCACCAUAGAAGUGCCACCACCGCAGAUAUACUCCACCCGUCUCUCUUGUGGGAUGACGGCGUAUUGCACCCUCUGGCGAAGUGGGCAUGUGGGACCCAGGCCUACAGUUUUGCACGUGUAUGGGGGACCCGAAGUUCAAAUCGUCACUAAUAGUUAUAAGGGUAUACGCCAGUUACGCAUGCAUAUGCUAGCGGCGCGAGGUUUCACGGUCGUAUCUGUUGAUUCGAGAGGCUCGAAGCAUAGGGGCAGGGCCUGGGAGGCUGCUAUAAGGGGCAAAAUGGGGCAGGUCGAGUUGGAUGAUCAGGUUGAGGUGCUACAAUGGCUCGCUAAAGAAACAGGGUGUAUCGAUAUGGAGAGAGUUGCUAUCCAUGGAUGGAGUUAUGGUGGAUAUUUAUCCCUCUUAGGCCUGGCGACACGUCCGCACAUAUUCAAAGUGUGUGUCGCGGGCGCGCCCGUCACCAGUUGGCGCUUGUACGAUACAGCGUACACGGAACGCUACAUGGGGUCACCCAGUGAGAGGCAUAACGCGUACAGCCGUGCUAGCGUCAUACCGCACGCGCCGUUCUUCCCUGAUAGGGAGGGUAGACUGUUAAUAAUCCACGGACUGGCUGAUGAAAACGUACACUUUUGUCAUACUGCGGCGCUGCUCUCGGAAUUGGUUCGACUUGGAAAGCCGCAUAGAGUUCAGGUAUACCCCGGCGAGCGUCACUCCCUCCGUACAAUGCACGCGGCUAAACAUUACGAGGCAACCUUAUUGCAUUUUCUACAUGAGAACCUGUGA